AGUGAUGUUUUACGAGUGCUCUCCAAGGCACUGCCCUUGUGGAAAACAAUGCACCAAUCAAAGAUUCCAAAGAAAAGAAAGUGUCAAGGAGGUGAAGGUGUUCAAGACCAGGAAUCGUGGAUAUGGUCUUCGUGCACUCGUGAACGUCAAAAAGGGACAAUUGAUCUUGGAGUAUCGAGGGGAAGUUAUCUCGCAUAACACGGCCAUAAAACGCAUGGAAACAAGAUACAAAUACAAAAAGAGUAUAUACUUCCUAGAUUACGAAAAUAGGGCGGUUGUGGAUGGUGCUGUACGUGGCACUGAAGCUAGGAGAGCACCAAACGGUGAACUCUUUAUUGGAGUGUUUGCAUCUUACAAUAUUCCGGCUCACACGGAAUUGACCUACGAUUAUAAUUUCUCUACAUUUGGGGGCGCUGAAGAACAAGAAUGUUUAUGUGGUGCACUAAAUUGUCGUGGCGUUUUGGGCGGAAAGAACAAAUUCAAGCAAUCCGAGUCCCCAAAACCGCAAAGGAAGAGAUCAAAGGCAAUCAAGAAAAAG